AUGAUUCGUCUAAAUAUGUAUGAUCACCUUGUUAUCAAUCGGGAGAUUAUGAUAUGUGAGCUCUUUAAAGCCAUAAAGUGUAGUAGAAUAGAAUUGAAUUUGUUGGAUGAUGCGCUGUUACUUCUUGAUGAUCUCAAAGGAGCAUCUCGCAAUGAAAUUGAUCAUGUAUGCGAGUUGCUGUUAGAAGGUGAUAGCUUCCAAGCUCUUAAAAAUUGGGUGUUUACACACAAGCCUACCAUCUUGUUGCAGUUAAAACAAAAUAUUGCAAAUGAACAUUAUCUAAACAACUCAUGCUGCUGUAGUUAUUUGAAAAAAGCCCAGGUUAGUUGGGAGCGCAAAAUGUUACGAAGUCUAAAUUCAAUGUGUCAAGAGCUUGGAAUACCUCUAGGAAGAAAAAGAUCGAAAGGUCAUAAGGAAGCUGUUCUACAAAACUGGACAGAGUUAUCAGUAUUUUUUAACAAACAAUCAGUUAUUAAGCCAGUCUUUGGUCCAAAAGAUCUUUUAGAUGUUCUUACAAGUAUUAAACAUCCACAAGUGAGAUCCACAUUUAAAGAUUAUAAUUCAGCAGUGAUUGCAACUUGGGGUCUAAUCAAUUUGCCUAUAAAUGUUAAAAAUUUGUCCGAUCUGAGAAAGUUUUAUGAACCGUUACAUAUCAAAAAUCCUCAAAUUGGUGUUGACGACUCAUUGCCGUCUACUUUUGAAUUAGUACAUGAACAUGAAGCUAAAAAAGGUACACUUUAG